AUGAUUCCAAGAAAAGGAGUUGUCCAGUCUGUCCUGAGGGAGCUGCAAGAGGCCACGGAGAGCAUGGGCCUGAAGGCACUCCUUAAAGUAGCCCUGGAAGUGGAGAAGGCCCUGUCCCAUUUCCAGCUCCCCUCGGCUCCCUGUAAAGAAAUUUCACCCUUGACAGGCAUUGACGAGGUGGCCCAGAGAUUGUACCCUGCAGAUGCACCAGCAGACCUGGUUCCCCUGGUCUGCAUGGGAGAAGGAAACCUGCUUUUUGAUGCAGUGAGUCUGCUGCUGGUGGGCACCACAAGUCUGAGUAUGGAGUUGCAGGUGAGGACAGUGGUGGAAAUGUUGCUUUGGAAACAGCACUACCUCUGUGGGAUGAUUGAUUCCAAGGUGAUGCUGCAGGCAGCCCGAUUUUCCCUCUGUGCCGAGGAAUCUGAGGACAUGCUUAAUCUACCCAUGGCUGUACUGGAAGCUAUCUUUGACGCAGAUGUUAAGGCCUCCUGUUUCCCUGGCUCGUUCGCAAACAUGUGGCACGUAUAUGCGUUGUCCUCUGUCCUCCAGUGCAACAUUUAUUCCAUCUAUCCCAUGUACAAUCUCAAGAUACGACCCUAUUUCAGUCGCCUCAUACGACCCAGGACUUGGCCCAAAUACUCUGAACCAGCAACAAUCCACAUAAUGUGGUCUGGGGAACUAGAAGCAGGUUCCAUAUUCAAACCUCACAACUUUGUGGCCUUGGUCCAAGCCAGUAGUUUGAGCCUAGGUGGCAAGAACAAAGAACAACAAGUCUUUCCUGUAGAGACCCUUGAGCUCUUGAAUCAGGACUCUCAGCUGCUGUACUCCAAGCUUAAAGAUCAGAUCAAAGAUAACAUCACCAGGAGCACCUUCUACCGCUGGAGGAGGCAAACCCAAGAGCACCGCAAGAGAUCAGCAGUCCGGUAUGAAGCCAAACAUUUUUUCCAGUCCACCUAUCUAGAGGGAAAAGUUGUGCCCCUCCAUCAGUUCAAAAAAUUCUUCCCUGAAAUCUCCAGGUCAACAUACUAUGCUUGGAAACAUGAGCUCCUAUCUACUGGCUUAAAACUGUCUGGAGGCUCUAUUGAUGAGGUAAGCCCUGGAGACUUUGACCAGGACUCCUGGUCCUCUCCAGAAGGUAAGAUCCGUAAACGCCAAGACAGCUUUGCUGGUUUAUUGAACCUCAGUUGUGAGAAGUCAGAGGGAGACGGACCUCCGAUCCACGUUAAGAUGCAGGAGGCGAAGAGAUGUUUGCAAAGUUCCAUUGCUAUGAAUUCCUCCUUACCAUACCGGAUUUUCAAAAGAAGGUUUCCAGGCAUUUCCAGAUCAACAUACUACAACUGGAGAAGAGAAGCCUUGUUGUUCAGCCCUUUCAAAGAUGUCUCAGGGAGUAGCGAAGAAAGCUCAGAUGCUGACAAAAUCCACAGUCCAAGUAAGGAAAGGUCCCCUUCUGGGACAGAGCCCCCCAAAAUAACCCCUAGAGUCAAGGUUCGCAGGAGCAAACAUAAGAGGUUUAGGUUAGUCUACCUCCACAAGAAGAGACUCAGAGAAGAGGCCAAGGCGUAUGUCCUUAAGUCAAAAAUGCCUUUCUGCAAAUUUAAGUGCAAGUUCCCCUCCAUCUCAGUUUGUUUCUACUGGCUCUGGAGACACAGCCUCAGCAGAAAGGGUGAGAAAAGGGUCAAUGUAAGUUUGGAGACAGAGGAGCAUGAUGUUUUCAACAUCACUAAAGAUGAGGUGGAAAACAAGAUGACGGAUCAAGAAAUUUUUGCCAUUGAAGAGAACACUAAUUACUUGAAAGGACAAACCAUUAUCCCUUACGAAACUAGGAUCCCAGCAUUCUCUCCUAACAAAACUAACGACGAGCAAAUGUUUGUUAUGGACGUGGUGGCCUUAGCCAACUUCAAGGCCAAAGCCAAACUGUUCCUUCAACAACGCUUUGAGGAGAAGACCUUUCCCACUUUUAAAGAGUUCAGAUCCUACUUUCCCCUAACUCCCCGUUCAACCUACUACAUGUGGAAGAGAGCCUUACAUCACGGUGUGCCCUUAAUUCAUGGCUGA